AAAUACCUGUACAAUAUUCUACGUCAAGGAAAUUACGAGCUUAGAAUGGAUAUGAGAGACUUUGAAGGAAAUUCAACAUUUGUACAAUAUAAGAGCGUUAGUAUCGGCGACAGAAGAUCUGAAUAUAGAAUGAAUAUAUCUGGAUACUCUGGAAAUACAGGAGAUUGCUUAACCGCGGUAAACACAAUCCACGAUAUGAUGUUCUCAACAUGGGAUCAGGAUAAUGAUCAUCAUCACGGAAACUAUGCUGUACUAUAUAAAGGCGGAUGGCGGUACAACCAAUGUCAUGCUUCUAAUCCAAAUGGACUGUAUCUUCAAGGAAAAAUUUUUCAGUUUGCACAGGGGAUAACUUGUAGUGCAUGGAGAGGUCAAUAUUACUCGCUCAAAGGAAUCGAAAUCAUGGUCAGGAGAAGGAAAUGACGUUAACAAAGUGGGGAAAGGUUAACUAAAAACCCUUUUUUGCAUUUUUAAACAUUAAGAAACCUUAAAUUUUGCAUAUCAAAGUUUUUAAGUUUCCCCUACAGGCAUAGUUGCUGACUGAAAAACAAGAAAUAUUUUUUAAAGAUAUAUCCACUUACCCCGUGUGACAAUAUUGAAUUUGAUAAACUGUAUCUUCAGACUGUAUGAAGUCAUAUUGUAAAAUAUGGAGUAUCUACGUGUCAGCGCCAACCAUGGUAAUACCUUUGAUCGCUUGAGAUACUGAAAAGACAUUUCCAAAUAAACAGUCAUUGGAGUCAUAACCUUUGAUCUUAUGCCUUGAAAACCAACCUUGUGUCCAGAGGAGUUUGACCAUUAAUCUUGUGGCCUCAAAAUCAUUAGGAUUUAUCCACUCCUUAGGAUGUACCAAUGCACCAAGUUUGUUGUUUGUAAAGCCAAGGGUUCCCAAAUUAUUAAACGUACAAUAUGUAAAACUUAUACGGUACCAAUUUUGAUGCACCAGAUGCGCAUUUCGACAAAUAAUGUCUCUUCAGUGAUCCUCAACCGAAAUGUUUGAAAUCCGAAAUAACUAUGAAGUUUUAGAGCUAAAUAUAGCCAAAACCAGCGUGCCAAAAAAGUGGAGCCAAAUUCGUCCAAGGAUAAGAGCUAUGCAUGAGGGAGAUAAUCCUUAAU